AUGGAGGAGUUGUCCGCCCUCCCGCCCGACACUCCCCGCAAAUCGCCCAUUCGAGUGCGGACAAUCUCCGUCAACUCGAUGCGCUCCAUGCGGUCUGUCGCCCCUCCAUUCACCCGUUUACCGACAGAACAUGAACGACCUGAAAUACUCGGAAGGCCGCCCAUACUAGCGCCGACGCCACGACAACCGCCCAACAGGCAUCUGCUAGAACACAGUGCCCAGCAAUGGGUGCAAUCCUUGGGCUCUGCAAGCUCAUCACGUCCGGUUUCCCCCAUCUCUCCGACACAACGAUUUAAUUCUCUUGCGGAAAGGGUUCACCAUGUCAAGAUUCCGACGCAGCUUAGCUCAAGCGUCAUUGCAGAAGAACGGGAACGGGAGCCAGAACAUGCGAUGGGAAGGCGGUGGGUGAGGUGGAUGCACAAACGCGGUGUGAAGGGCUGGGUUGUUCCUUGUUUGCUCCUUGCUUCAACGCUCCUUAAAUUGUGCGUCGGACUGGGUUCAUACUCUGGACUCUCAACCCCUCCGAUGUUUGGCGACUACGAAGCUCAGCGGCAUUGGAUGGAACUCACGACACACCUGCCUUUUCAACGUUGGUACACCUACGACUUGCAAUACUGGGGUCUCGACUAUCCUCCGCUAACAGCCUAUAUAUCUUGGUUUUGUGGCCUUGUUGCACACAGAAUAAAUCCAACAUGGGUCGCGUUGGACCAUUCGCGAGGCAUUGAAACUGAAGCAAGUAAAGUGUUUAUGCGUUCGACAGUCGUGUUCUUCGACGCGUUGGUCUAUGUUCCGGCACUAUUCUUCUUCACAAGAACCUGGCAAGCCACCCGAACGAAACGAUCUCAGAAUUUGGCUCUCCUCACGCUACUAUUCCAACCUGCGUCGCUCAUCAUCGAUUUUGGUCACUUUCAAUAUAACUCCGUGAUGCUUGGCUUUACUUUACUGGCUCUGAACGCAUUCGCUUACGAAUUGGAUAUGCUGGGUGCUGUUUUUUUCGUGCUCAGCCUCGGCUUCAAGCAGAUGGCCUUGUAUUAUGCACCAGCGGUCGGCGGAUACUUGUUAGCAAAGUGUCUGUACCUUGGUUCUGCCAAUGGCGGCAAACUUUUUCUCCAAUUGGCGUUGGUCACCUCACUGUCAUUUAUCGUGCUCUUUCUUCCAUUCCUUCCGCCUUUUGCGCCGCUUUCUACCAUCCUGGAUCCCAUCACCCGCAUCUUUCCCUUCGCUCGAGGUCUUUUCGAAGACAAAGUUGCCAAUUUUUGGUGUGCAUCGAAUGUUGUCUUCAAAUGGAAAAAUUGGGCAUCGCGAUCGCUCCUCAUCAAACUAUCAACAGCUCUAACUGUGCUUGGAUUCCUUCCGAAUGUGGUGAUAGCACUGCGGGUGGCCUGGCAAACGCGUCUAACCGGCAGCCAAAAGCCUUCCAUACACACACCUAUCCUCCCACUCUUUCCUUAUAUGUUGCUUAGCUCUUCAAUGUCCUUCUUUCUCUUCUCGUUCCAGGUACACGAGAAAACCAUUCUGGUUCCCCUCCUUCCCAUAACGCUACUUCUGUCUAACGCGUCCCUCGACUCUACGGUCUUUGGGUGGGGAGUAUUGGCUAAUAAUAUCGCCGUAUUCAGCAUGUGGCCACUGCUAAAACGUGACGGACUCGGGGUUCAAUAUCUUGCGUUGCUGGCCUUGUGGAAUCGUUUACUUGGUUAUAAUCCGCUUCGGCUAUCGCCACGUUCUUUCAUCCAAGUCCUCUCGCUCUCUGUUUACACUGCUGCAAUUUCCUUGCACAUUUUGGAGCUCUUGAUCCCUCCACCAGCGCGUUAUCCGGAUCUCUUUCCUGUACUGAAUGUACUGAUUAGCACACCUGUCUUCGGCCUGGUAUGGCUAUGGAGCAUCAAGUGUGGUGUAGAGGCUAGUUGGGCCUUGGACACGCUCGGUAGUCGACCGAGUCGGACCUCUGUGGUGGUCACUGAAGAUGCAUCUGUUCCAAGAAGGCCUUCGAGUAUCGGCGCUGCACAGGGAAGAAAGAGGGCACCUUUUACAUUGGACGAAAAGUAG